GACAAUUCCAUCGCUAGGAAUCUACAUAGGUUCGAAGAAUACCUACCUAGGUACCCAUGGUCAAAAUGAAGUAUCUCAUACCCGGGCUCCUCUCCCUCGUCGGAGCAGUGCUAGCCAGCACGAUCCCCAGCAGCAGCAGCAGCACCGGCGCAACAACCAGCGCCUCCGCGGCAGACUUCCCCAAGACCGACGGCUUGCUCUUCAACAUCGACGGCGAGACCAAGUACUUCGCGGGGACGAACAGCUACUGGAUCAGCUUCCUGACGAACAACGCCGACGUCGACAAGACGCUGGACGAGCUCGCGGAGUCCGGUCACAAGAUCCUGCGCGUCUGGGGCUUCAACGACGUCACGGCACAACCCGGCAGCGGCACGGUCUAUUUCCAGUACCUGUCGGCCAAGGGGUCGACGAUCAACACCGGCGCCAACGGCCUGCAGCGCCUCGAUUACGUGGUUUCGGCCGCGGAGAAGAGGGGGAUUAAGUUGAUUAUUAAUUUCGUGAAUAACUGGAGUGAUUAUGGGGGCAUGCCGGCUUACGUAACCGCCUUCGGCGGCAGCCAAACAACCUGGUACACCAACAGCGCCGCACAGACCCAAUACCGCGCGUACAUCAGCGCCGUCGUCACGCGGUACUCCGCCUCGCCCGCGAUCUUCGCCUGGGAGCUCGCCAACGAGCCGCGGUGCAACGGGUGCCCCACGUCCGUCAUCACGUCCUGGGCCACCUCCACCGCCGCGUACGUCAAGUCGCUCGACCCGGCGCACAUGGUCGCGCUCGGCGACGAGGGGUUCGGCCUGCAGGGCGACGACGGCUCGUACCCGUACCAGUUCGGCGAAGGGCUGGACUUCGCCGCGAAUCUCAAGAUCCGGGACCUGGACUUCGGCACCUUCCACCUGUACCCGAGCUCCUGGGGCACGAGCUACGAGUGGGGGAACCCCUGGGUGCAGGCGCAUGGGGCGGCGUGCGCGGCGGCCGGGAAGCCGUGCUUGUUUGAGGAGUACGGCUCGACGAGCGACCACUGCGGCAUCGAGGGCAAGUGGCAGAAGACGGCGCUGGCGACCAAGGGGUUGGCGGCUGACUUGUUCUGGCAGCUGGGGACGACGCUGAGCACGGGGCAGACACACAACGAUGGGUUUACCAUAUACACGGGCUCGUCGGAGUGGACGUGUUUGGUUACGGAUCAUGUUUCUGCUAUUUAGGUAAAUAGG